AUGAUCGAUAAUGAAGUUCUUGGACUUAUUGUACCACUAACACCAAGCAUAGAUUUAUCGGAACCUCCACAUUAUUGGAUCGAUCAUGUUAAGAAUGUUAUCGCGUUUUUUAUGAAAGCUAAUGAUGAUAAGCGACGCGCAAUUCACGCUGAAAUUAAUGAUGAAACUUUAUUCAAAAUACGAGGAGAUUAUGAAUAUAAUGAAUUGGAGCACGAAAUUAAACGUGAUUUUUUUUUAGUACAAGGAUAUUUAUAUUGUGAUUCAAGAAUUUUACAAGCCGCCCAAAGAUUUGAUAUGAAUCUCACAAGCACCAAUUUUCCUCCUACACUGGUUCCAUCAAACAAAUUUGCGGAUAACCCAAAAACAAAAAAUAAUUGUUAA